AUGGGGCUAAACGACCAAAGUUACUAUGCCUCGGGUUAUGACCCCACGGUGUCAAAGACUCAUCUGUGGCGAACCGUUGCCACAUGUUGUGAGUACUUUGAGAAAUCGAUCAAAUUGGGAGAUACGAUCCUUGAUGUUGGCUGCGGUCCGGGAACCAUCACUUGUGAUUUUGCGAGAUACGUUGGUAAAGAUGGUGAAGUUAUUGGUAUCGAACCAACAAAAGAGCUCAUUGAUGAAGCUAAUCUUCGAAAGCCGCUGGAAUUGGAUAAGAAUGUAAAAUUCUCGGUUGCGUCAGCUUACAAAAUUCCUUUCGAUGAUAAUACCUUUGAUAUUGUCCAUUGUCACCAAGUGUUGGUGCAUUUGGAAGAUCCAUUGGCGGCUUUGAAAGAAAUGAAACGGGUUUGCAAGAAAGGAGGAGUGGUAUGCUGCAGGGAGGCCGAUUUGGAGAUGACGGCGGUAUAUCCAUUGGCGUACAUUGAUACAGUGGAGUAUUACUUCCGAAGAAAGUCUACUGACCAGACUUCUACCGAUGGUCGAAUGGGGAGAAAACUUCGAUCAUUGGCGAUGAUGGCAGGGUUUGAUGGGCCCAAUGUUAAUGGAUCAGUAGGAAACUGGACGUAUUAUAGAGAUGAUGAGAGAAAAUGGUUUGGUGAAAUGUUCUUGGGCCGCAUAGGGGGAUCAAAAGAGAAGUUUAUAUAUGACAGCGAUGUAUUAAAUGACAAAAAAAAGGCAGAGAUCAUUAGAGGAUGGGAAGAAUGGAUUAAAGAUCCUGAUGGAUGGCUAAAUUUCAGUCAUGGUCAGAUUGUUUGCCGGAAAGCAGAUUUGUAA